UGCCCUGCAACAGGUUCGCGUGUGACCAGUAUCUGCUAGCUGCUGUAUCCACUUCUCGCUCGUGGUAUUCCUCUGCCUCCACGUUGGUCUUCACUUGAAGGUGCGCACGAUUCGGCGGCAGCGAUGAGUACCCACGGGGCCUCAGCAGAGGCCAAGCCUGCGACUUGCCUGCAGAAGAUGUCCCAUGCCAUCGAGUCAAGGAUGCACGCCUUCUUCUCGAGGCUGGGAGAACUGGUAGCCAUUCACCCUGGAAAGACGGUGUUGCUCGCUUUAGUAGGCGUUCUGAUCGGCGCGUCCGGCUUCACGACCCUGGAGCAGGAGUCGAGGGGAGACAAGCUGUGGGUGCCCUCGGGCACUCGCGCCUCGGAAGACUACGCGACUUAUCUGUCGUUCUUUCCGCCGGCGGGCCGAUCAAACCUCGUCAUCGCUGUUCCUUCGGACGGAGGCGAUGCCUUGACCAAGGAAAACCUUGUCAGGGCCCUUGACCUGUUCGAGGAGAUCAGCGCCGUAACCAUCACCUACGAGGGCGAGGAGUACUCGUUUGCAGACCUCUGCGUGGAGUCUUUCGACUACUCGGGCACGACGUGCAUGGUGGAGAGCGUCCUCGGCAAGUGGGAGUACGAUUCUUCCCUCCUGGACGCAGAGGCGGACGCCACCGUCCUUACCACGAUCAACACUGGGUCGACCAUAAGCGAGCUGGAAAACUACCUGGGGGGAAUGACGCUCUCGGAAGACGGGACAGAGGUCCUUUCGGCCGAAGCCCUCCGGAUAGUUGUGACCCUGAAAAACACGGAGACCGUGGAAGACGGUGCCUACGUUGAUCCCAUUCCGGACGAGUGGGAGCUGGAGUUCAUCGACGUUGCCCAGGAGUGCAUCGAUGGCUUGGAGUGCUACGUGGAGGCAACGCGGUCGUUGAGUGACGAGUUCGGUGGCGCUAUCUCCGGAGACAUCUCCCUUAUCUCUGGGUCUUACAUGAUCAUCAUGGCGUACACCGUUUUCAACCUUUCGUCCACUCCUUUCCUCAAGUCGAGGAUCCUUUUGUCUCUCGGAGCCAUCUUGACGGUGGGACUGUCAAUCGCGUUCUCCAUUGGGCUGGCAGCUUACUUGGGCUUCUUUUACACCCCCCUACACACGGUGCUACCCUUCAUCCUGCUCGGGCUUGGAGUGGACGACAGCUUCGUCAUUUGCAACGCAUUCGGCAGGACUGAUCCGAGAAAAUCCAUCCCGGAGCGGAUGCGCGAGGGCCUCGGCACUUCAGGCGUGUCCAUCACGGUGACUAGCAUCACCGACUUCGUGGCCUUCAUGAUCAGCUCCACCACGGCGCUGCCGGCGCUGUCGUCGUUCUGUGUAUACUCCGCGCUGGGUAUCCUAGCGCUCUACAUUUUGCAGUCGACGAUAUUUGUUGCCUUGGUGGUGUACGACACGAGGAGGCAAGAGGCGGGCAGGCUGGAUUGCUGCUGCUUCUUGAAGACCAAAGACAUGCAAAAGCGGCCCUCGGCGGUGGCCGCGGCUGCCGCAGAACCGAACGCUGAAUGGGACCCUACCUGGGGCGAAAGGGGACGGCUGGAGAAGUUUGUUGGCGACAAGUACGCCCCCGUUCUCACGAAGAAACCUGUCAAGGCCGUAAUCAUCGCCGUCUUUGGCAUCAUAUUCGCGUUUUGCUGCUAUGGGGCUAGCCAGCUUGGCGUGGAUGAUACCGACGAGGCUUUCAUCCCUGACGGGUCUUACCUCCUCGAUACCAUCAACGCGCGAGAGACGUACUUCGGAAGCGUCGGCGCGGACGUAGAGGUUGUGACCGAAGGCAUCGACUACUUUUCCCUGCAGGCGGAACUAGCAGAUGUGUCCGCCAAGCUAACCGGCUUUGGAGACGACACAUCGCCGUACAUUCAGGACCCUGCCACGAGCGGGACGUUCUUCAGCUGGUUCGACGACCUCAUCGUUUACGCCGAAGCGGAAGGCACAGCCACUCUUGUCCCUAGCACUGCCUUCGGCGGGGAAUACACGGUGUUCUCCGACGAAACGGAGUUCCAGUCCAGUCUUGCGGCAUUCUUGGCCUCCGACGAUGGUAUCAAGUACAGUGCCAACGUCGUCUUCGAGGACGACGGGAGCAUCCGAGCGGCGGCCAUCCAGUCCGAGUACAGCGGCAACAUCAACGGCGACGCUGCCAAGCAGGUGGAUGCGAUGGUUGAUUUGAGAAGCCUGAUGGACGAGUGGAGCUUCGAAGCGUUCCCAUGGAGUGGAAGGUAUUUUCAGUGGGAGACGUUCCAGAUCAUCUACCAGGAGCUGUACCAGGGCCUCGGUCUGUGCUUGGCGGUGGUGCUUGUCCUGACGCUUGUCCUGAUCGCGCAUCCAGCCACGGCGGGCCUUGUUUUCCUCAUGGUGACCUUCACGAUCGUGGACGUUUUGGGGAUCAUGUACUACUGGGGAUUAUCCAUCGACACGAUUGCCGUGAUCAACCUGGUCUUGGCGGUCGGCCUCUCCGUCGACUACGCGGCACAUGUGGCGCAUUCCUUCAUGGUCAAGACGGGGACCAGGGACGAGAGAGCUGUCCAGGCUCUUGCUGACAUCGGCGUGGCUGUGAUUCAUGGUGGGGUUUCGACGUUCCUGGCGGUGGUACUGCUAUCCUUGUCUGCCUCCUACGUAUUCAGGGUGCUCUUCAAGCAGUUCUUUGCGACCGCCGUCAUGGGUCUGGGGCACGGUCUGAUUCUUCUUCCUGUCCUGCUCAGCCUCGUGGGCCCGUCAUCCUACAGGGCUGCUGACGGUGACCUGAAGAAAAAGGGGCACAUCCAGGCUGCGGUAACGCCAGUUGGAAGCGGCGCGAAUUCGAAGGUCUCGCCUUCUGAAGGCAGAUAGAGCUGCUUUUUUGCUUGACUCUUUUCUUGCCUUCUUGUCUUUGCCCUCAGUCUCACGCUCAGCCUUAGCCAUGAAGGUUGUUCUUGUUCCCAACGGACGUUAUGCAUCCUACAGCCUCUCUCUGGCUUGUGUGUGUCCUCCCUCUCAGUGGCAGACGGUCGUUCUAUUUUUUUGUUGUUUUUUUGUAUCAUAGUUAUCAAAAAUCAUUUUGCGACAAGAUGGCCGUUCUAUCUUUUAAUUCUUUUUUUGUGGUUGUCCAUAUUCGUUUUGUAUUGCGGUUUUGUACGAUGUUGGACUCCUCCAAAGGGUUUUGUCCAUUUGCGUCGUUCGUGUGUACCUACAGCGCUUUGUUGAUCCCAGAGUAUAUCGUCGACGACCAAAUCGGUUUUUUGUCUUCGCCCCUUGCAAGGAUUUGUUUUGUGCAGGCAUCUUUGCCAACCCACAGCAGUGUGGUAUCGCUCUUGUGCUUGAGUCACUCGUGAUUCAGUUGUUUGUUUUUGGUGGUGUCUCUCGUGACGGAUCGAGCAUUUGCUGCGUUUCUGCGUGGUGCAGCAUGUGAUACCGUUGAUCCCUUCAUUGAUGCUGUGCUAAGCUAGAAGAGAGGAGAUCCGGGAGGCGGGUCGGAGAGGAGUCUUACCCAGUUAACUAGGUGCCUUUGGACAAAUUUGCAGUUUUUAAGUAUGUCAGAAGAAUUUCUUGAGCCAAGGGAAAGGUGGCGCGGCGGCAUUUUUCAUGGUUACGACCAGGCUAGACUUUACUCCCGCGCACUACGAGAGUGAACCGACUUUGUAUUAUGGUAUUUUCUUUCAUGCUACCAUGGAAAGUUAAGCGUGGACAUGUUUUUGCGUGUGUUGAUCUUUCGUGGAGCAGCGUGUGUGGCGGGCAAGGGCAUGGUGCCAAUGAGAAUCGAGAGCUCUUGGGCGCGUAACGUCGAAAGACGAAAGGGGAGGAUAUAAACAGAUGAUUCUCCCCCCUCUCCUCCUCAGUGUUCGGCUGGUUGACUUGACAUUUAUCGUUGUUUUCGAUGCUUCGUGAGUACGUAGCUUUUGGACAGCCAGCCAGCCAGCCUGCCUGCCCUUGCUCCCCCGCCGUUUCGGUGUAGUUUUGUUGGUCCCAAAACCUUUUCGGGAAGGUUAACUGCUGUGACAUGGCACGGCAGCAAUGCGACCGCUUGAUGCGGUUCGGAGAUUCUGUGGCCGGGUGUACAGCAACCACGUCUGUCUUGGAUGGCGAUAUCUAUCUAUUCUCUUUGAACGCUUUCUUCUGCUCUUCUCGUGGAGCUGCAUGCGGUUGGAUGCCACCGUAAUAAACCAUCGCUGCAAUGUAGCCAUGUUGGUGCGACCGUCACACAGCGUUCCUCUAAACCGGAUCUGGUGGUUCUGUUUGUUGUCUUUUUUAUGGUUGGUGCUCUUCA